AUGCAGGAAGUUAACAACUGUUUCGUGAAAAAUGUCGCUGAUUCGAAUACUCAAAUUACAGUCGAGGAGAUCGCUAACCGUCUCUUAAAAAAUAAUUUCAUAUUAACGGCUUUAGAGCUACAUAUGGAAUUAUUGGAAGCUGGCAGAGAACUUUCCAUUCUUAGAGACUAUUUUUCUAACCCAGCCAACUUUGAACAAAGCAAAAUUGAAACCUCUCAUUCUUAUCAAUCUUCCAAGUUAACAAGAACAUCAAGCAUUCAAACAUUUGAUUCUUUAGAUUUUGCUAGGUAUUCUGAUGAUGGUGAUAAGUUUGACAGUGACAAGGUAGCAGUGUUAGAAUUUGAACUAAGAAAAGCCCACGAAAAAAUUAAUUUAUUAAGAUCGUCAAUAACAAAAUCAGUUGACAAUUCAGAUCCUAUCUCAAAGAUAAAUCCAAAGAACGUCAACAUCAUUGAACUAGAAUCAUUUGAAAAAAGAACACUCAAUUUUUUGAUAAAUGAAUAUCUUUUACAAAACAAUUACAAAUUAACUUCUGUAACAUUUUCAGAAGAAAAUGACAAUCAAGAUUUUGAUGAUUGGGAUGAUGUUGGCAUUAACAUAUGUAAGCCAUCUAAUCUAAUUUGCCUUUAUCGUGAUUACAGGCAACACAAAUAUCCAAAAAAAGAAAUGCAUGACUUUCAAUGUAUGACGCACAUUCAAGCAGAUGAAAGCUUACAGAAUAAUUCGGACUUCAUCAAAUGCAAGGAGUACAUUGAAAUAUUGAAAACAAAAAUUAAUGAAUUAGAAACUGUUACUGAAAAGUUGGUUGAAGAAAAUUGUAUACUAAAAAAUGAAAUUACAAAUUUAAAACUAGAUGAAUCCCGCAACGUGACACUUGCUGUCAGUGAAGCCAGCAGUAUAUUAGAAAGACCAAAUAGCCUUCAGAAUGAUUCAGUCAAAUAUGAACAUCACCAAUUAAAACAAAUCAGCAAAUUCCAAAUGAAUUUGAUCAAGUUAAUUGACCAAAAAAAAACAGUUUUCAACUAUAUUACUGAUGUCAAAUUUAUAAAACUCAUAGAAAUUAUCGAUAUUUUGGCCUUCAAUUUGCCAAAUAUAAUAUCUAAUACUAUACUCUCAAAACGUGAUGAAUUAAUUCCUAUUUUGACUUACACAAUGACAUUGCAUUCUGAUCCACAUGUUAGAGAUAAACUUUUAUGUCAGUUUUUUAACUUAAUUAAGAAACCUAAUCAAGAGCAAAGACUUAUGCUUACAAAUGGUUGUUUAACUUAUUCCAAUUAUGUAGGUCCUAUCAGAACAGAAGCUGAGCUUCUACCAUUUUGUUGGGAACAGAUUGCUCAUAAGUAUAGAGAACAUAGGUUGUUGAUUGCUGAAAUAUCAGGUUAUCUGAGCCCGUAUGUUAUCAAUGAUACUAGAAGUUCAUUGCUUUUUUCAAUGGUCAAGCAGAUGUCAGAAGAUAAUGAUGAAGAUGUGAGAGAAGCUGUUGUUCAAAGUCUGGCAAUUUUAAUUUCAAACUUUGAAAAUGACAAUAAAUAUAAAGAAGUGGUUAAAAUGUUAACUAAAUUCUUCAGUGACAAAUCUGAUAAAGUUCUGUGUGCAACUCGAACUUUGCUUUUACCUUCACUUGCUAAAUGGUCUUUGGAUUUGAAAAUCCUAGAAGAAUUUUUUAAAAUGUCUAUUUUAGAAAAUAUCACUAAUUGCAUAUAUACCGUAUCACCAACCUCAAGCGUUGUGAAGGAUCAGAAAUUAUUUAACGACUACAUUUUGAACCUGCACCAGAUGUUACCUUAUUUGCUAUGUCAUCUUGUUCAAACAUGUGAACAGUUUUUAUCUGAGAAAGAAUUUAAUGCGAAAUUAGAUGAUAUGUCAACCAAGCAAGUUUCUAAAUCUGAAGUUAAUUAUACUGAUAUUGUCGACACAUUAUCUGUAAUUCUUGACAAAGAGCCACAAGAAGUCAAAAUAAUGUUGAAGUCUUUUUAUGGUUAUGUGGAUCAAGAAUGGUUUGAAAUGUGGGAUGCGUGUGAUUGGGUAAUAAAUGACUUCAUCAUCGACUUUGUAGAUAUUUCAAGUAGAUUGGAAAUAUCACAUCCAGCUUUACAUUCCAUGGUCAGUUUUUUUAGGCAACUUACACAAAUGUUUGGAGCCAAUUUCAGUUAUGUGACACUUGUAAAAAAAUUCGAAAAGUAUUUUGUAAUUCCUUUAGAUGAAAUUCAUUUAGACAAAUCACUUGCAAAUUCUCAGUCUCCCUUAAAUAAAUCGUUGGUACCUAUAUACUUGGCUGGAAUUUAUCCAGCGCUUAAAAAUAGUUGUGCUGAAUUGCCCGAUUUUAAUCAAAAAUUACAAGAUUUGAUGGUAGCACUGUCAGUUCAUCAAUCAUCACUUGCCUCACUUCAAUCAACAUUUGAAGAGUUAUGUUCUCAAUUGCACUCACAUGAUGUAUUAGAAUUAACAAAUUACCACAAUAUUUUGAUAAAACUUUUAUGGGAAGUCGGAGUGCUAAAUGUUAAUGUAUUAGUAAGGGUGUCUACUGCAAAACUAUUUGAAUGUUUUAUUACAUCUUGCUCGUUGUCAGAAACUAUGUUAAGUAGUAAAGUCAUUCCAGCUCUUGUUACAUUAGCUAGUGAUGCUAAUGACACUGUCAAAGCUGCGACUGUAUCAUCAUUUGGGGCUAUAAUUGAAUACGUCUUUUCACAAAUGGAUGUUAAUUCUGCAUCAUCAGCAGCAAUUUUGGAAAAAGUUAAAUUGCAACUUCAAGCGUUCAUGUCAGAAUCGUCAUUUACAAUGAAAACGGGUGAGCUAAUUUUAGACAACCAAAACUUCAUUGAAAAAAAUCUUAUAAUCAUUGAAGUAAUAAAAACUCUAGGUAGAUUAGGUCCUAAAGUGGAAUCAAAAUUUCGAGACGAGUUUAUUCUUCCAAGAUUAACAGCUUUGGCAGUCCGAAGCCAACUUUCGUUAAAUAUAAAACAUUCGCUCAAACACGAGUUGACUACAAAAUUAUUAGAAGCUUUUAUUAACUGUUCAUGCUGUUUUGUUUGUCAUCAAGUUUCACAAGAAGUUGUUUUGCCAGGGCUAAGAUGUUUGCAUCAUGACAUUCAAGCAAUAUCUCCAGACAGAGCCAAUAUUGUCAUGUCGAUGAUCAAAGAGCUUGAAGAUAAAGCAGAAGAAACAAAUGCCUAUACACAAAAGGUAAUAUCUGCAGAAAAGUCAUGUGACACAUCUUCCAAAACAUACAACCAGUUAGAAACAACAAAAAUGAACUUCAUGACAAGAUUCAAAGAUGUGAAAGACAAAGCCUCUCACUCUAGCUUCAGUAAAGUGUUUCAAAACUCAAAAAAUUAA